GGUGGCCCUUCAGGCAGAGCCCCAGGGCGGCUCCUCCUGCCCAGCCCCACCAUGCCAAGCCAGAGGCCACAAGGAUUCCAGCGGGUGCUGCUGGCGCUGGUGGCCAUGCUGGGCUGGCUGCUGGCCCUGCAGCUGCUGGUGGACCUGCGGGCACUGGGGCUGCUCUGCGGGCUGCUGGCAGCACUGGGCGGCUGGCUGGGCCCCCGAGCUCUCCGUCCCCCUGGCCGGCGGCUGCGGCUGGAGCGUUUUGUCAGCUCGCUGCAGCCCCAGCCCCGCUGCCCCGAAGCCGAGGAGCGGCUGGAGAGGGAGAUCACCAGCACCGUCCACAAGGUGGUGCGGGACUUUGUCGCCUCCUGGUACCGCACCGUCAGCAGCGAGCCAGCCUUUGAGGUUGAGGUAGAGAAGGCUAUGACCGGGCUGGCGGCUGAGCUGAGGCGGCGGAUGCGGCGAGUGGACCGCCAAGCCCUGGCUCGCCGCGUCCUCCUCCUCUGCGGCCAUCACUUGCAGAGCUACCUGCAGGCCACUGAGGCCCUGAGGGACGAUCCAGCAGGUGGCAGGACCCUGUGGCAGGAGUACAGCCGGCUGGCAGGGCCGCAUCCUGCCCUCCUCAGCCCGGCAGCUGAGGUGGGCUACGCCCGGGCUGCGGUGGAGACGCUGCUGCGGGCGCUGGUGCCCUGGCCACACCUGGAGACGCGGACAGGCCGCUUCGUGGUGGUGGAGCUGGUCACCUGCAACGUGCUGCUGCCGGCCAUCAGGAAGAUGGCUGAUCCUGACUGGAUUAACCUGCUGCUCAUUGGGGCUUUCUCCAAGAAGCCCCGGGCUGAGAAGCCGCCCCCAGCGCCCCCAGUGCCUGAUUCCUUGCCCUUCACGGUGCCGACGGACACCGUCCCUGCAGGGUUGUCGCCUACCCCGAGGGUCACAGAGGUGCCCAGGCAAGAAGCUGGAGCUGCUGGUGAGAAAGGAGAGGACUCAGUGAGUGGUCUGUGCCCCCCAGAAGAGCCCUUCCUCCGGCCCCGCGCCCUGGGCAACCUCUUUCCCUGCGAGGGUUUGGAGCUGGAGUCCUCCGCACCGGAUGCUGGCCAGGACGUGGAUCUGCUGGCACCAUCACCUGCAGGGGAGUUCCUUGAUGAAUCCCUCCAGGACACCUCCAAUGUGCUCGAGGGACCAGAAAAUGGCAUAGGGGAUCAGGAGGAAGGCAUUGCCACCAACUCAGAUGCUGGCCUGCUUCCCACCUCUGCUUUUGCACUGAGCUCCUGCCCUGACAUCCAGAUCAACCCAGCAGUUGAAAAGGAAGUAGAAGGCCUUGCUGUGCCCAAGAAGUCCUCCUCACAGAGACCCUCCAGCUUGGGGAAAGAUCUGGGGGCAGCAGAGGGCCCACCACAAACCCUUGCAGACUCCAGGCAGACUCUGCCCCUGCUCACAUCCUCCCCAACAGCUUCCAUCAGCACCUUCAGCUUUGAGCCCCUCAGCAGCCCCGACGGACCAGUUGUCAUCCAGAACCUGCGGAUAACUGGGACCAUCACUGCCCGAGAGCACAGUGGGACUGGUUUCCACCCCUACACCCUCUACACUGUCAAGUAUGACACAGCCCUGGAGGGUGAGAGCACAGGCAGCCUCCAGCAAAUGGCUUACCACACCGUGAACCGCCGCUACCGCGAGUUCCUCAACCUCCAGACCAGGCUGGAGGAGAAGCCGGAGCUCCGCAAGUUCCUGAAAAACAUCAAAGGCCCAAAGAAGCUCUUCCCUGACCUCCCAUUUGGAAAUAUGGACAGCGAUAAAGUGGAAGCCAGAAAAAGCCUGCUGGAAUCUUUCCUGAAGCAACUGUGUGCAAUCCCUGAGAUUGCAAACAGUGAGGAGGUGCAGGAGUUCCUGGCCCUCAACACCGACGCCAGGAUCGCGUUUGUCAAGAAGCCCUUCGUUGUCUCCAGGAUCGACAAGAUCGUUGUCAAUGCCAUUGUGGACACCUUGAAGACAGCAUUCCCCAGGUCAGAGCCCCAGAGCCCCACGGAGGAUCUGAGCGAGUCUGAAGUGGAUGGGAAAUCUCAGACAGAGGGGAAGAAGGCAAACAAGUCCCGGCUGAGAUUCUCCUCCAGUAAAAUCACUCCAGUGCUGAGUGUGAGUGAAGCUCAUGACAGGAUCUUGUACUCUCUCAGGGAAGGAAGUGCUGUCUCUGGCACCCUGUCCCUGGCUGCUAUGGAGUCCUUCAUCCAGAAGCAGGAGAAGCUGCUGGAGGCUGUCCCCAGCAAGGCUCCUGAAGGUGAGGGAGGCAGAGAAGUUAAGGACAGCUCCAUGCUGGAGGACAUAGAUGGACUGGGCACAUCAAAGCAUGGAACACAUCCAGUCACAGAACCUGACUCUGAGACAGCUUUGGCUGACCUGGCCCUGGAUGUGCUUCGUCUGCUGCUGCUGGAUCGCUGGAGCUGGCUGUGCACGGAGAACGUCCACAAGAUCUGCGACCUGCUCUUUGGGACCCUCAUUCAAAGGUGGCUGGAAGUCCAAGUGGUUAACCUGACCUGCACCCAGCGUUGGGUCCAGUACCUCCAGUUGCUCCAGGAAUCCAUCUGGCCUGGAGGAGUUUUACCAGCAGUGCCUAAACCAGCCAGGACAGAGGAACAGAAGAAAGCAGCAGCAGAGCAAGCCCUGCAGAGUCUGAUGGGGAUCUUGCCUAAUGUAAUCCAAGAAGUCCUUGGGACCAGUAAAUGUCAGAUGAGCUGGAAGCUGGUACUGGAGUCCCUGGGCCAGCCUGUGAUAAACAGGCACCUGGUUUUCUGCCUCUUGGAUAUUGUGCUGGAGUUCUUGGUCGUGAAGGGCUCCAGUGAUGAGCUUGAGACCGCAGCUGUCGCGCCGUCUGCCUCCGGAGGCCUGGAGCAAGCAGCACACUGACCGAGGCUGCUGUAGCCAGCAGUGGAGGAGAGCAGCAGCCACAGGCAUGGGCUGAUUUGAUUUCCAGUGCUUACUGAACACGUCUGGGAGCUUCUUGCAAAGCAAUUGUUCCAGCCAGUGCUACAGGGGGCUGCUUCCAGGCUUCUCUGGUUUGGCUGGGUAAUGGAUUGAGCCCAGCGUCAGAGGCUGAGGGUGGGUUUCUGCCAUGUAGCAUCUGCUCUGUUGCUGACCUGAUGGAGAGCCUGGAAUGAAGAAGCCUGACCUCUGCUGAGCUGGGGAGUUGGAGAAGGAUAUGGAGGCUGCCCACAGAUCCUGCUUUCUUGCCCCACUUUCCUGAACAUCAGACAGCACAUCAGAUGUGCUUCCGUGGCUUCAGCUGGCGCUGGCGUGUGGAGAUUUGAUGGGAUGGUGUCUUGUUGAUAGAGGCUGAUAGAUGCUUCUCCAGGACAGGUCAAGGGAGAAACAAAUGCUAGCCCUCCUCUCUAAGCAGCCUGCCCUGUGCCUACACCAGCAUCAUCCAUUUUACCAGAAGGAAGAUGGAGAGAGAAUGGAGAGGUGGAGUUGUGGUGGCAGCCCUGAAGUCAAGGUCAAGGAUCCCAGUUUUGGAAGCAGUGCAGAAAUCAGGGCUGCUGUCCUGCAGCAGGGACAAAAUGAGCUGCUUCCCACUGCCUCUGCACUGACAUGGUCUUGUUGUGGCCUCUCUUGCUGACUGAACAUCAGGAUGUAAGCAGGUUAGGCUGUGGUCCUGCAAAAGAGACUUAUUCCCAGGCUGAAGAGUGGUGGCUUAGCUGGACCCCAGAGGACUGUGCAUGUUGCCUGCUGAGCCAUGUUUUAGUCCCAGAGGCUGCCAGGGGGAAGGCACAGAACUGAAAUAUUGCUGACCCAUGUGUGACACAGCAAGGAAAUCACCUCCCACACAGAGUGCUGGUCACAGCAAGCUGGGGAAGGAAGUGAGCACCUCUGAACCCAGGAGGAACUCCAGAUGAGUCAUGGACAGCCACAGAGAUGAGUUUCAGAGCCCCACCUGGGCUCUGGGGUUGAUUGUUCUGUCCCCAGGCUUUGCUGUGCCACCAGGCUUUGCUAUGCCUGCUAUUGCAGCAGCUGUGUGCAGAGGGCUCUAGCAAGCUUGCCAGGUCACCAUGCCCAGUGCCACCCAGCACACUUUGCUGGCAGCUGCUUUUCCAGGUCAUCCAAGGCUUGAGUGGGUUUGUCAGGUUUGUGGCAGGACAAAUGGACAUGGAGAGCAUGCACCAACAGGCUGGUGUGGUGACCUGUUCUGGUGUAUUUCCUGAGAGAAACAGCAGCUGCCCAGAGCUGGACUUUGCUGAUCAAGGAGCUGCUGCUCCUGGUGUUCUCUACAGAUUAAAGCACUUUGAAGAGGAGACUUCCAGCAGGGAAGUGUGCAGGAUCAUGACUAGUUUCCAUGUUACAGGACAGGCAUUUCAUGCAGCCUGCUGUUUCUUGGAGCUGGAUACUCUGUGGCCUGCUUGGAGGGAAGAUGAUGUAACUCCAACAUGCCUACUGCUGGAAGCAGAGACUCUGCUCCUUUCAGAGGCAGCUGCUUAAUGAUGGCCACACAGUGAUGUGUGCUGCUUUGUGCUUCUGGUGUGUGUUGUGUGCUUAGCUUGCUGCCAGCAUUUUUAGGGAGCUCCAAGGACAUCCCAAGACAAGGCAGAGCCCAAUGUAAUGAAGCAAAACAGUUUUGCAUGGCUUCUCAGAGCCAGUUCUCAGCAGUGACACUUGUGAGCUGCUGGUGGCCUUGCCACCUGCCUGGAAAAGAAGGGAGCAGGUGUGUUAAGUAGCUUAAGAGUAGAACAGGCCAAAAAGUUGGAGAAGGCUUCAUAUGGGAUAAUCCCCAAUGGCCAAGCAGCAGGCUGGGAAGCAGGACUCCCACACAUCCUCUCCUUGGAGUAGCUGCCUCACUCUGUCCUUCACUGCCAGGCUCCUGUUUCCCUCCUUUUACCUACUACUUCCAUUUAUUAAUCACCUGUCUUGAGGAGAGGGCAGCAGAAGCAGCAGCCAUCAGCCAGGGCUGAUGGAGCUUGGCCCUGUUGUGCUUGGUGGCCUCCCAGACACUCUUGGUGUGCUGGCUUGCUGUUGCUUCCUCAUUAAUUAGCUGGCUUUGGAGCUCCAAGAUUGUAGUCUGCCACUGAUUAGGGAUAUCAUUAAGAGACUGCCUGAAAAGGAUCAUUCAGGAACACACACUGCAAGCUGGGCACUGCCAGCUCCAGGUGGGGGCAGAGGUCUAGCACAGCCCUUACACUGGAUGUGAUGUUGGAAGAAGCAGCUAUGGCUUUCCUGGGAAGCCCCAGCAAACCCCUGCCUUUCACCCUGACCUCUAACAUCAUGUGAGUCACUCAACAAUCAAUCCUUGUGAUGGAAAUCAUUUCUGCUGGCAGGCUCCAAGGAGCAUAGCCUGAGAGCUGGGGCUUUGCUGGGCUGGUGUGACAAUCAUCUGUGCUUGGUCUCCCUGCUUGGGGUCUCCAUCUCCUGCACUGCCACACAGGGACCUCAGAGCCUGCACUUUGCAGACUCCCUUGGUGAAGCAGCAGCAGUUUGCCAGGGGAGAAGCUGGGGCAGGGAGAUGAAGCAGAUUUACUUGCAGACUCUGAAGUCAGCAGCAGAGUUGGGGACAAGCCCCAGGAAUUUGGAUUGCAGAGUCUUAGUUUUAAUCCCCAGACCUCCCUUUCUUCUCUUAACGUGAGGAAAAGCAGCACCCAGGCUUGCCAGAGCCCUUUCUCAUGCUCUCACUGGCUAAGCUUCAAACUCCCAUUCUCUCCUUCAUGGAUCUUAGUCCAUUCUCACAGCUGAGGUGAAGCUGCCCAGGAGCAGUGCAGGAACAAGGAGCCCUUCUCUCUCUCUCUUUCUCCCCCUCUCUUGUUGUUAGGGAAUCCAAAAUCCAAUAAAAAGCUCAGCUUUUUUCCCUGCUGCCACUUCUUUGCCUCACUGCAAUUUGGGGAUUAGAUUCAGCAGGCCACUGGCAAAGGCAGAAUUCUCCAGUCAGGUGGGCUGAAAGUUUUUCACUGCCCUUGGACUGAGACUAGGAACCCCACUUUGGUAAAACAAACAAGGCCAACAAAGCAACUUCUGAGUCACUCUGUCUGUGUCUGUUCCCAGCCAGCUCCCUUUUUUCUGCAGGGAUUUGUGCAGAAGGCUCAAGCCACUUCUGCCUAAAGGGAGAAAGAGGUGAGAGCAGCCAGGCUGGAGCUAAAGAACAAGUUGCAGGCUUCUGUCUGGAGCAGAACAUGAUUCAGGUGGAUCCUCAGCUCGCUGCAUCCUGCUGGAUACACAUGUUCUGCUUCCAGCCCACCCCUUGCUGUCUGUGUGGCAUCAAGGAACACAUUUCAUCCCCCCCUGGAAGCAGAGGCUGCUGGUGUGUGUCUGUAACAGCAGAGUGCAGUGAUCCAGAGCUUCAGGGCACCACUGGAAGCUAAAUCAUUGGCUGUGGUGUUGAACCACAGCUUGCUCUUGAUGGUUUGGGGGAUAAAGGAGUGUCACCAUCCCCUAUUGUGUCUCCUGUAUUCAAACCCUUCGGGUGCAGGUCUUCAGGGCUGUGUAGAAAAGCACAGUGUUGAAAAUCUGGUUUUGUUGUUAAGUGGGGGAGCAAAGUGGUGGUGGUGCUCCCAAGCACCUGUGGCUCUUGUUCUGUGGACAAUAAUACUCAGUUUCA